AUGUUGAAUCUGCCAGAAGACCUUGAUGGUGACUCUCUAGUCACACUACUACAUCAAAUAUUGGAGAGACUCAAUAAACUGAACCCCCAUAACCAGCUGUCUAUCCGUCCUGUAAGCGAUCAGCCACAGUCCGAUCAUCUUCCGAAAUAUGGUAAGAGGCCAUUUCAGGACACAAAUGACUUACAUGAGACUAAUUACGAGAAGGAAUUUCCAAUGAUUCCUCUGAGUAACCGAUUCGACCAACUGAGUAAGUUACAAGACGAUGAGAUGUCGGAAUGUUCUUCUGUGAAGUCAUCCUCUUCACAAAAGUCCGUCAGAGCAAGAAAAUCACUGUCUGAUAGAAAUGUCAGAGAUGAUAUUUCCUGUCCCUACUUCAAUUCAGAAUUGAGAUCAAGAUCAAGAUCGCCCCAAAUGCCCCAAAUGAGCCAAUUUCAGCAGAAUUCUGUCCAGUUGAAGCGACAGGGAUCAAAGGUCCCAAUGAAUUCGCAACACAAGCCCUCAAGUAGUAGUCUACGAGAUUCAAUUCCUACUAAAAUAGACAAAAAUAAUGUAUCUGUUAAUCAAAAUGUAGAUAAUCACCAGGUAAGAGUCCCUCCUAUCAUUUUGAGAGAUAAAACUAAAUGGACAAGUCUUUCCAAAGAGCUACCAACCCUGCAAAUCAACUAUUUUAAAGCAGUCAAUACAACGGAAGGUAUCAAGGUUUUCUGCGACAGCCCUGAUUCAUUCAGGGCACUCACUCGACUUUUAGAUAAUAAAAAGUAUCCGUUUCAUACCUAUCAGUUGCCAGACGAGAAAUCACUGAGAGUUGUACUCAGGAACGUCUCGGAACACAUCGAGCCGGAUGAUAUAUCAGAGGAGUUGACUGAGAGGGGCUUUGAAGUCACAUCAGUACAUCGUAUGAAGCGCCGCGAUGGCACUGCAAUGCCUAUAGUCCUGGUUCUGUUGCCAAAAACUGAGAAAAAUCGUGAAAUUUAUGAUAUAACAAGGUUGGUUGGCUUGACCAUCAAGGUAGAACCCCAAAGACCCAAGGCACAGAUGUGGCAAAUUAUACUCCUAGCGAUAUUUCCUCACAUCAUCGGAUUGGUGGUGAGACCUCUGGAUCCCAUAGAAAGUCCACUUUGGGAAGAAAAGCUAUUAGAAGCGAUGUAUCCAGAAGAAGAAGUUCCUAGUUCCAAUUCGGAUUCGCUCAAACAUCGAUAUCCAUACGACGAUGAAGAAAUUACUGGCCCGGACCCCGACUUCCUAGCGCGCCCCCCCUCCUCCAAGCGGGCGCUGGCGAUGUUCGCGCGCUGGGGCUCGAUCAACGGCAUCGGCAAGAACAGGCCGCCUAUCCGGUCGCACGUGUUCGACGCGGAGGACGCGAUCAGCGCGCAGACCAGAGGCCGCAUGCUCGGACAACCGCUCCGGUGGGGCUAA